AUGAAAUCAGAUCCUAGCGCAAGGAAAUCAAACGUCCUAUGCGAGUUCCACCAGGAAAGAGGACACAGGACCGAAGAUUGCAUAGGUCUACGACAAGAAGUAGUCAGAAUGCUGAACCAAGGAUACCUGAAGGAGCUGCUCAGCGACAAAGGAAGAGCCAACUUCGCCAGGGGACGCGAUCAAUCUCAAGGACCACCAAAACCGCCAUCCCCAGCACGAACCAUACAGAUGAUCGUCGGCGGCGGUGACGACUCAACGAUCAACCACGUAAAAUUAAACUCCACACACAAGUUGAAACGCACGAUCGCUCACGAACGAAUCAUGGUAGACUUCGGAAGCGACGCGUGUAUUAUCCACCCGAGGGUUUUCACGCAAAUGAGGCUCGAAGAUAAGGUAAUACCGCGUUACAUAACACUGACAGGUUUUAACAAUGGAGUAGAGCGUACCUCCGGAGAAAUAUCAUUGCCAGUCCUGGCGGGAGGAGUCACGCUGGAAACCACAUUUCACAUCAUGAACCAGGAAACGGCUUACAACGUCAGUAUAGGACGUCCAUGGAUACACGCCAUGCGAGCCAUCCCCUCGAGUCUCUAUCAGGUAAUCAAGUUUCCCACCCCAUGGGGAAUCUUCAGUAUCCGAGGUGAACCACGCACUGCCCAAGAAUGUUACCGGAUCGCCCAGGACUGCGCUCAUACCAAGCAACUGAAAGGAGCAAGCGUGGAAGCAUAG